AUGAAGCAGUCUGUCUACUCUGAGACCGAAAAGGACUCGGUUUCUUCGAGUCCUGACCUCACACCAACACCAUCAUCAUGGUCAGAGAAGAGCAUACGCGAAUCCCACGAAGACGCAUUCGAGCCAGAAACAGACUUGGAAAGAACAACGACAAACGUUCUCAACAGAAUCGCAUCGCAUGUAACAACACAUUCCCUCGCCGAACCUGGUCCACCACCCGAUGGCGGUUUCAAGGCAUGGCUACAAUGCGGAAUGGCCUGGCUUGUCGUCUUCACGACCUGGGGCUUUGUCAACUCUUUCGGAACCUUCCAAGCAUACUAUACCCAGAAUCUCAAUGAGAGCGCAUCGACAAUCUCAUGGAUUGGAUCAAUUCAAGUCUGGGUUCUCUUCUUCGUCGCAACAUUUGCCGGUCGUGCAAUGGAUGCUGGAUACUUCAGACCUUGCUUUGCUCUAGGAACUGUGUUGCAGCUCAUCGGCAUCUUCAUGACAUCCAUCUCAACAAAGUACUGGCAACUGUUCCUCGCGCAAGGUGUGUGUACUGGUCUUGGCUCUGGAAUCUUGUUCACUCCUUCCAUGGCACUUCUCAGCACCUACUUCUCAACACACAAAGGUCUUGCAGUGGCGCUGGCUACCACUGGUAACUCGGCCGGUGGAGCUCUGUAUCCAUUGAUGGCCCGCCAACUCCUACCUCAGAUCGGCUUCGGCUGGACUCUUCGUGUCCUGGGCCUGAUCAACCUCGUCUGCCUCUGCACCGCCGGACUAGCCAUGAAGCCCAGACUCCCACCUCGCAAAUCCGGCCCCCUCGUCGACCUCUCUGCCUUCAAGGAAGUCGAAUACAUGCUCUUCAGCAUCGGCAUGUGCUUCCACAUGGCAUCCCUCUACUUUACAAACUACUACAUUGCAUCCUACGGCCGCGACAUGCUCGGCUUCUCCUACUCCAACUCAGUUAUCCUCCUCAUAAUCCUAAACGGUGUCGGCAUCCCCGCCCGCGUUCUAGCCGGCCACCUCGCAGACCGCUACCUCGGCGCCCUCAACACCCUAAUCCCCGUCCUACUCUUCGUAAACGUCCUCGCUUUCUGCUGGAUGGGUGUAAACUCACAAAACUCGCUCUACAUCUUUGUGUCCUUUUACGGCCUUGGUCUCGCAGCUUUCCAAUCUCUCAUCCCCACCACUGUUGCUAGAAUGACCAAAGAUAUCAGUAAAGUGGGCACCAGAAUGGGCAUGGUGUUUACAUUCUUGUCAUUUGCUUCUUUGGUGGGACCGCCUAUUGGUGGUGCUUUGCUUUCUGCUGAUGCGGGGGGUUAUCUUUAUGCUCAGGCUUGGUCGGGUGCUUCUGCUGCUGUUGGCACUUCGUUGGUUGUGGCGGCGAGGAUCUAUGCUUUUGGGUGGAAGUUGAAGGUCAAGUGCUGA